CCGGCACUCCAUCAGCCUAGCCCAUCCGGCGCCAACCCAAAACAAGAAAGCUUCGUGCGCCACCACGACUCGUCACUCACUCGCUUCUUCACGGCUGGGGAUCGUCACAAAACCCCUUCUUUUCAUCAUCUUCCAUUUCACUCGCUCAAUUUACAAGGCACACGGCGCAAUGAACCUCUUCAUGACCUAAGCUCAAUAUCUCCUGGCCCUCCCGCAAACCUGCACGGCCCCAAGUCAGCGCCGUCACUCACCCCGCCUGAAAUUUUAAUUACGUUUUCUUUCCCUUCUCAGUAAAAAAAACCAAGCCACCGCUUCACAGCGACGCAGCGGGCAGCGUAUGCCAGCAUCAAACAACAACGCAAAAGCAUGCCACAACUGUCGCCGCCGCCGCCUGCGCUGCGACCGUUCCUGGCCAACCUGCAACAAAUGUCUGAUUGGCGGCCUCGAGUGCCUGGGAUACGGCAAGAUCUUUGUCUGGACACAGCCAGAUGAUGCGUCGGCCGCCAGUGGUCCCCCGCCGCCGCCGGCGUCUUUCCCGCCAGACUUCCUGCGAGCAGCGCUACCGCCGCCGCCUGACGGACAGCACGCGACUACGAUUCAAGCAAGUGGGGGGCGUGCGAUAAGCCGAGAAGACGACGACGAUGCUGCUGCAAAGUCGACGAUAACGACGCUGGCAUCGCCCUUGUCGCGCCUCACCGAUCCCAUCUUCCAGGACCUGGACCACAACUCGCGGUACUAUCUGACACACUUCGCAAACAGAGUAUGCCAGGAUCUCGUGGCCCGCGACGGCCCGGGCCUCAAUCCCUUUCGCGAGCUCAUCCCCCUCACGAAUAAGCACCCGCUGCUGCAGCAGAUUGUGAUUGCCACGUCUGCCAUCCAUUGGGUCAACAUCUUCCGGCCGGCAGGCACCCCGACAACGGGGAUCAGCGACCCUGGCGGCUACAUGACGGCUAUGCGAUCCAAGGAUCUUGUAGCCCAGAAAGCGCUUACGGAUGCUUUAAUAGCGCGCCAAAAGGCGCUAGGCUAUAUGCGCGAGCUUCUAGAGACCCUCGAUGCAGAGGGCAGCGAACUUGCGCUCGCAGCUAUGCACUUUUUCAUCAAGUUCGACCUGAUUGACACAGAGAUGAGUGAUACCAAGAACUGGCAAGCCCAUCUCGAAGGCGCGAGCAGCCUGCUGGCGCUUUCACCCGACGGCAUGAACAGCCCUUCUAGCCAGAUGCUGCGCGACUACGUCGUCGCCGAUUACUUCAUCUAUCACAUCCUCGGCUCCACGCUCACCUCUGGCGCUCACGCUGCGCGCAUGGCCCGCCAUGCAGUCCAACUGCUCCCUGUCAUGAAGCGUGUCGAAAUGAACAUCUACCUCGCAUGUCCACCGGAAAUCCUGCAAGCCAUCCUUGUCGCCUCGCAACUAUCCUACGAAAAGGCCGCUACGGACGAGACUCUCACUGCCGCCGACGAGGCUAUUGCCCUCUUUGACCAGGCUGUCAACUAUGACAUGCCGAGCUGGGUAGCUCACUUACAAGCCGCAACAGCCAUCACAGACACGGAGUCCCGCAUCCACGUCGCAUCAGCAUACCGGUCUUCGGCGUGCCUGUACGUGCUACAAGCCCUACCGCCUAUCCGUGCCGUCCGGCCUCUGGAGACACAGCAACUUGUCGACGACAUCCUUGACCAUCUAUCCUUUAUCGACGACGCAGACCCGUACUUUAAAGCAAUCAGCUGGCCACUUUUUAUCGCUGGCGCAGAGUCGAACGACCCAGAGAAGCGUAAAUGGGUCAUGGAGCGCCUGCUUCGUAUCUGGAAGAUAUGCCCUUGGGGGUACCUAUUUACUGCUAUUGAAAUGUUAAAGGCAGCGUGGGAGUUGCGGGAUACGCGUCCCGAGACAGAAGUCAAUUGGCUUCAGGAGCUUAAGCGUAUGGGUUUUGAUUACUUGAUUAUUUGAUUCUGCUUUUGCUUGUACGACUGGUGUAAAAGUGUAUUUCUAUUCUUGCUGUCUUUUUAUUACUUUUAAUGAUCGGCCGCUUCUUACCGAUGUACUGUUUUAUUCUAGUUAACGCCUCUAACAUGCACUCUUCAAGCUAUCUAUUCUACAAGUGACGUUGAAUGUAGAAUGCUUGGCAGCAUGCAGCCACAUCAAAAGCUUAUUUCAGCAACAUCGCGACAAUCAACUACCAAAGACAUCUAUGAAAGGGAGAAAAAAAAGGAUAAAAUUUUAUUCAGCUACGUAAGUCUAGCGCCAAGUCAUGCUUAUUCCCAAAGUAUCAAAACUGAAGCCAAAAAAAGGAAAGAAAAAAAGUGGUUUUCAUUGGCCGUUUACCAACGGCGACUACACUCUUGGUUAGUGAUGUAGUUAAGAGGGCCUGUACCGAGUAGACAUACCUGUACGCAGAAUCUGUAGGCUUGCGCUUCUUCUUAAUCGGCCCCAGCGACUGCAGAGCACUCUGCGUAGGCGCCGCAUUGUCGACCUUUGUCUUUGGUGCCGACGAGCCGGAGCUUUGGCGACGAACAGGGCGCCCGAGGAGCUCAGCCUCUAGAGAGUUGAGAUCCGACGAGGCCGUGGAUGCAGCGGAGCGAGAGCGCUCCGAGCCGUUGGCGCUUGGGCGGCGCUCGACAGGGCGAGAGGCACGCGGGGGACUGUCGUCACUUGCCUCGCCUGGCUCGGGUGCCUGGUCGAGGGCUUCGUCAUCACUAGCCUCUCCAGCCUCUCCGGACUUGCGCCAGCGUUCGACACGCUGACGUUUCAAGGCUCGCUCGGAGCUCUGGCUGUCUCGCCGGCGACGGGGUGGCGAGUCGUCUUUAGGUGCUUGGUUGCGGCCGCCUCUGUCUGAUGAUGGAGACUUGGAGCGUUCGCGCUUGAGAGAUGUCUCUAUUUCGACUGCUGAUGGCGGUGCGUCGGCUGGCGCUUCGGGAGAGUCUUCUAGCGCCUCGCCUUCUUCCGGAAUAUUGCCUUCAAUGUCUAGAUCUAGAUCCCUGGAAGGGGGUCGUGGUAAUUCGGGCUGCUUAACGGGGCUUGAAUGCUCCUUGACUGAUGUGGCUGGCUCUGCGCUUGGCUCGGUAACUCGUGGCUCGCUCGGGGACCAAGACUGGGCGCUGACCUUUUUGCCAUCACUUGCACGGCGCUGGUGUUGGUUCUGGUUCUGGUUCUUACGCUUAUCCUUGCGGUUUUCGUUGCCUUGCCCAGAGUCUCGCCGUUUGCCACCUUGCUGCGAUUGCGAGUUGUUUCUGCCGCCCUGUUGGGACUGAGAGUUGUUACGCCCACCUUGUUGAGACUGAGAGUUGUUGCGUCCACCCUGUCCGCCUUGCUGUGACUGGGAGUUGUUCCGACUGCCUUGGUUAUUGUUGUUAUUUCGGUUUCGGUUAUCCUUAUUCCGGUUGUUCUUAUUAUUCUUUUGAUUAUUCGGACCGUUAUUGUUAUUAUUAUUGUUUGGAUGAUUCGAGGCGUUGGCAUUGGGGUUCUUAUCCAGGCGAUGAGGAUCGGCAACAUCGUGUAUACUCUUCGGCGGCUUAGGCGGCAGCGCAUUUGUCGGCUUAGGCGGCAACGAUGCAAUGCCCAUUGGAAGUGUGCUUGGGCUUGCUUUUACGCUAGACGGCGAUUGCUUCGGCGCAUUCUUGGCGGCUUGAGGCGAACCGUGGGAUCUCUUGUUGUUUCCGUUCGGCGGCGGGCUAUGGGCCGGUUUCGAAAACGACGCAGUCCGGUUAUUCGGGGACCCGUGGUUUCGAUUAUCCCUGUUGUUGUUCUGAGAAUUUCGUCGGUCCUUGUGCUGAUUGUGAUUUCGGUUGUCACGGCCGCCCUGGGAAUGCUGGUUGUAGCUAUUGCCAAAGUGAGCUGGCGGCGGCGGCGGAGGCAAGCCGUGGCCUGGUGGUGGUCCGUAUGAAGGAGGUCCUGGCGGCGGUGGUGGCGGCGGAGCAUACUGGGUCGGCGGGUGGUAUGACUGAGGGGGAUAUGAAGGUUGGGAAUAGUUUGCGCCGGGAGGAGGAGGAGGCGGCGGCGGUUGGUGAGUGCCUGGCGGACCGUAGUGCGGAGGGUAUGACUGUUGAUGGGAUGUGCCCGGUGGCGCUGAAUAUGAUCCGGGGGCAGGAGGGUAGCCGGGAGGAGGAGGAUAGUAUCCAUUAUACGCGGGCGUCGGCGGUGCGUAUUUCGUGAUGAUGGGACCCUUUGCUUUUCGGCCUCCGUUGUUUUGGUUUCGCUGUCCGCCUUGUUGCUGUUUCUGUUUGCCACCAUCUCUCCAGGAGAGGCCGCUGAAUCCAAGAUGUGUCAUUAGGCUAGCUGCUACGUGUUGCAUUGAAUGCAUCGCCACUUACGCUGGGGUUUCCCUCGUCGGUUCUGGACAAGCGACAGCCCAGUGGCCUGAGCCACCGCAGUUGUAGCAGCGCGGCUCAUCUUGGCCCGGUCGAGAUGCGUGCCCGGACAUGGCCGCUGAUUCUAAAGUGGUAGACUGUUAUGCUUUGAGAGCAACAGCGAUUGGAGAUGCACAGUCAAGUGAGCGACGACCCGCGACGACUCGACUUGGGCUGGCUGGGGCGACUAUCUGAUCGCGAUCGGUGUGAGCAGCAGGUGACGAGGCGGCGCGUUGGCAAUGAAUCAGUCGCCAGUCUCGGUCUACAUAUGAGUUAGACUAGCGCCAUUCCACAGCCAAGAUUACUGCGGACAAACAAGAGGCGACUAACGCUGUGGUGGAAAAGGAACGAGUGUAAGUAGUUGAAUGACACCAAAAGGCCCCUCUCUCCAGAUCUAUAUAGAUUGCGGGAGAGGGGCGGAUCAAGAAAGAAACGCCGAUGGAGGGUAAAUUGGCAGUGGCAUGAACGGCGCGGCGGCAGAAGCGAGUG